GACUAUCCGCCUCCCAUAAGGGGAUCGUGCCUCGAGCUUGAGAGGAGAUUCCAACGACCUGGCCUUUUGGCCGAGACACUCAAGACCCUGAACGGUGAUGAGCUCUAUCAGCUAUUAGAG